AUGGCCAUUUCACUUCCACGUGUUACUAAGCACACGUCUCGCGUUAUCAACCUGCCCCACGACACCCUCACCCUCUGCAGCCUCCACUUCACCUUUCCUCUGCACGGCUUCCUCACAAUCGUCAUGGAUCCGGGUGUUGAGUCGACCUGGAUUGAGCUCCACCGGACAGUCAUCACCGUCAAUGUUGGGCCAGAUGCGAAGCCAUACAUCAUCUUCAAGGAACUAGCUUGUCGAUACUCCAGAUACUUCGAGGCGAUGUACGAUCGCAAGGAUGGCGAGGCUUUUGAAGAGACAAAGUCCGGCAUCGUCAACCUCACCGAUGCCAAUGUCCGCACAUUCGAACACUUCUUUCAGUGGCUGGAGACUCAGUCUUUGGAUCAUGUCGAAGAUCAUGUCGACUUGUUGAAUCUGUACAUUCUGGCAGAGUACCUCGGAGCCCUUCGACUACUGAAUUCGCUCAUCGACGAACUCUACAAACGCCGCCUCGCCGAGUUCAAUGACGUGGAUAUGGUCAGGGUUGUCAACUCCGAAGACAGCUGGACUGGAAAUGCCUACGGACACAUGUACUCGCCGGCAAAGUCUCUAGAACAUCUUCGUGGACAGGUGUGCCCGGACUCCAAGAUCCUGACCUUCUUCGUCGAGAUGUUCUGUUUCGCCCAUCUUCCGAUUAUCAAGAUGGGUACGGAGGAAGAAGCCUUGGAAGAGCUUCCAGGAGAGUUCCUCUGGGAUGUUCUGGUCCACCUCAGCGAGAUAGUCCGUCUCUGCCUUGAUUCUCCCGGACCGACCUCUUCACUCCUCUCUUUGAAGCCCAAGGUCGGCUCUGACAUCACUGCAUCUUCCCUAGCGAAGAAGGCGCUCAUCCAAAUGACUCUUAUCCAGCUGUCCUUGGUGAAGAAACAGAGCUUUUCCAAGAAUUCAGCGAUGCACAAGGACAUUGAGAGACAUCACCUUUGCAGCUACCAUGACCACAAGUAUGACAUGGAGAAGACGAGAUGCGCAGAGGGUUUCCAACAGAAGCAGGCCAAGGCAAAUAACCAUAACAUCUGGCCCGACUGGAGGAGAGUCAAGAAGGCGCAUGACGCGGCAAUCAAGAAGGAGUUUGUCAGGGCGGAGAUUUGAUUGACGCCGCUGCGGGUGCUCCAGCUAUCUCGGGUUUCCUUAUGGCUCCAACAGACAAUGCUCAACAGGGUGGGGUUUGGUGUCUAUUCACAG